AUGUCCCUGUGGCGGGAGCUCUGGAGCAGGCGCUCUGUGCUCUCUCUCCUGCAGCUCUGGCUGCUGCUACAGCCAUGCCCCGCCGACUACUGCAGCUGGAAGGGCAGUGGCUUGAGCUGGGACCCCCACUCACGUGCAGUGGAGCAGGUUCACCUCCGCUGUACCGAGGGCUCUCUUGAAUGGAUGUACCCGGCACGAGCCCUCCGCGUCAUCUUGGAGCCCAACUUGUCAAGCGCCCGACACACCGCUGUCUGCAUCAAGCCCUCCAGCCACUUUCAAGGAGCCAACAUCUAUGUGGAGCGGGAUGGGCAGCUUCGUCUGCUGGUGAGCGAGGCUGAGGCAUCCCGCCUGCGCCAGGUGUCUUGCUUCAGCACCCGCACACCCCAGCGGGUGGCCCUUUUCCUACAGGCCAGUCCUCAGAGGGACAUCAGCCGCAGGACGGCCAGUUUCCAGUAUGAGUUGCUUAGCAACCAGAGCACAACAGGCCCAGACUUCCAGAAAAUGGCUCUUGUGGAAGCAAUGUGCCGCCCUUGCGACAAUAUGGAACUUCUCAUGGCCAUUUGCAACAGUGAUUUUGUGGUGAGAGGCUCGAUCCAAAAUGUCAGCCACGAUUUGGAGAAUCAUAUGUCCCGGGUGGAAGUUGGAGUGCUGCAGGUCUACAGGCAGAAAAACCAGAUCUUCUGGGAAGAUAAAUCAACCGGUGAGUGGCGAGGGCUCAUCAAGACUCUCCUGCAGUGUAAAGUCAAGAAAGGGGCUGGGGACUUCCUCUUCACUGGCAACGAACACUUUGGCGAAGCUUGGCUGGGCUGUGCCCCACGAUUUAAAGAGUUCAGGGCUGUCUACCAAACAGCCAGCAAGAAAGGAGCAAACCCUUGUGAGUUUCAGUUUGACUGA